AUGCCGAUCGACGAAACCUUCUUUCGUGCUGAAGGAAGUGGUGCAGGCGGCAAGAGGAGAGUCGAUCACACAUUUAAUGAACAUACAAACACGACUAGCAAUUCCUUCAACUUUGUGUAUGGUCAGUCUCAGGCUGAUGGUGGAAUCUUCUGCUCUGAAAAAACCCCCCCCAAGGCCAAACCAUUAACCGACCAAUUAUUCAACGAGGCAACACCCUUAAUUCACAACGACUCGCCAGGGGAUGAUUUGCCAGAUGAUGACGAUGGCGAUGAGGUGUCAUGGAGACGCGAAUGGAGACGCCUAAUCCAAGAUACAUCCCCACUGGCUCUAUCGGCUUUACUUGAAUGUUCGCUCUCGACAGUCAGCAUCAUCGCGGUGGGCCGUCUGGGGACAAUCGAGCUCGGAGCUGCGAGCAUGGCUAGUAUGCUGGCCAAUUUUACGGGAUAUAUGAUUUACCAUGGCCUUGCGGCAGCUCUUGAUACAUUGUGUAUCCAAGAAUUUGACACCGGCAUGCUUCAUCUGGUUGCAAUCCAUUUUCAAAGGAUGGUAUAUCUCCUUCUGGCCAUCACCGUGCCUAUCAUCGUUCUCUGGAGCUAUGCCGAACAGAUCCUGCCCAAUAUCCUCUCCAAUGAAGAGACUGCCAUUCUUGCCGGUCGAUACCUCCGCAUCAUUGCAUGGGGCACGCCCGGGUACGCACUUUAUGAGGCAGCGAAGCGGUACAUACAAGCUCAGGGUGUGUACUCUGCAUCGUCAUAUGUAUUGAGUGUGUGUGCACCUGUAAAUGCGUUUCUCAAUUGGUUCUUGGUUUGGUACUGCGAAUUGGGCUUCAUCGGUGCUCCCAUUGCCUUGACAAUAACCGACUACUUGCUCCCGAGUACACUCUUCCUAUAUGUCUACUGGGGAUCCCACGACGAGUGUUGGAAUGGAUUUACUCGCAGAGCCUUUACCAACUGGGGCCCGAUGAUGCGACUGGCCGUUGUCAAUGUGCUCACUGUUGAAGCUGAGUCACUUAUUUACGGAAUUACUACUCUCGCCUCAUCAUAUUUGGGGCCAGUCGUUCUAGCCACACAGACAAUCCUUGUGACAGCGAGCAAUAUAGUCUGGCAAACUCCAUACUCGCUAUCAGUCACUACGCGAGCCCGUGUUGAUAACUUGAUGGCAUUUGGCUUCGGAAAUGCAGCCUGGAAAGCUUGCAAAGUUGCAAUUUCCGUUGCUUUUAGCAUCGCCUCGACGCAUAUCGUAUUGCUAUGCCUGCUCCGAUACCCGAUUGCGAAGAUAUUCUCAACUGAUCCUGAAGUGAUCGAAUUGGUCGCUCAAGUGAUGCCUCUCUGUGCAGCGGCCCAUUUGGUUGAAUGCCUAGUUUUGAGUACCAAUGGAUUUCUGGGUGGGAUUGGCAAACAGGAGACUGCUAGUUAUCUACAGACGACUAUUUUCGCUAUCGUCGCCCUCCCUCUUCAAUUCGGGUUAACCUUUGGUCUGGAUUGGACAGUCUGGGGACUUUGGAUCGGUGCAUUGUCUGGCUUCUUCUGUAUUCUUGUCGCCCAGUGGCUGUUUCUGAGUCAAAUUAAUUGGGCGAGGUGCGUUCGAGAAGCCUCAAUGGACUUUUCGGUGGCAUCAUCUUGA